GGGAAAAUGGCGGACAUGGCAGAUGAUCUUCAAAGGAAAAUGUAACUCCUUCAUUUGAAGACAGAAAUCUAAUAAUAUCUUAAGUUUUGUAUAGGGUAUUAGCGCUAUAGAGGGCCUGAGACGUUUUUACCUUGUUCUUCAUUAGUGUAAUAGAAUUGUUAGCUCUACUAAACAGCGAUCAAAAUUUGUCCUAAUGUCAGUGAACUACGCAGCUGGACUUUCUUACUAUCCCCACAAAGGAAAAUGUGGACAGCCUGAGGUAAAGCAAACCAUUUUACAAUGCUACAUUUAGAGAUCAAAGCAAGAAAAAAAUAAUUGAUCUAAUACAAUUGGCUUGAUCAAUCCUGCAGCUUUUCGACUCUCCCGAACAGCUAGAACUCAAGAUGGCGGAGUUCACAAAGCUUUUUCGUGAAGCUAAACACAUUGUAUUUCACACGGGAGCUGGUGUGAGCACAUCAGCAGGAAUUCCAGACUUUAGAGGACCGAAAGGUGUUUGGACCUUGGAAGAAAAAGGAAAAGCUCCACAAAUGGAGACUACGUUUGAUGAUGCUAAGCCGUCUCUUACACACAUGGCUUUGGUUAGACUAGUAGAGGAAAAUUUUGUUCAUUAUAUUAUCAGUCAAAAUGUGGAUGGUUUGCACAUAAAGUCAGGACUAGCCAGGUAACUCAUUUUUCCAUGACAAGUUAAAAUUGAACGAGACAAUACCCACUAAACCCUAUGUUGGACUGGGCAGAAUGAUAAUAAUAAUCAAGAGUCUGGAAUAAUUGAGAGUUAGCAUGAUUAAAAAUAUGAAUAUUAAUAAGCCAAAAAUAAAACUGAAUAAGUAUCACCUAAUCUAUAUGGAUUUAGCUAUGAAAUUGAAGUGAACCCUUUAACUCCCAAGAUCUGAUAAUGUUAACUCUCCCCUCCCGCUGCCACACAUUUCUGUGUAGUGUGGCGACUACUUUAACCACUCAUGGUAGGUGAAUGAUUUAAUAUGUAAUUGAUAAGCUCUAUCUGUAGUAUACAGGUUACCACUCAUUUCAAGUCUAUUACUGUUCUGUUAUCAGGUCACACCUUUCAGAGCUCCAUGGUAACAUGUUUAUAGAGAAGUGUGACAGAUGUGAAACUGAGUACAUUCACAAAAAUGCAGUUACUACUGUAGGAUUGAAGAAGACUGGAAGAGUGUGUGUGAAAAAAGGAGUCAGAGGAAACUGCAGGUGUAGUAGUUUGUUUUGUCACAAGGAUUUGACAACUCCAAAGAACCUCCACCAAUUAUCUUUUAGAUGACGAAAGAUCUUUAACAAAUUGUUAAAACCCUUCACAUCUUAACAUCAGUAUGCAAGAUCUCCAGUGUUCUCCAUACAUAAGCUAUGAACUUACAAGGAGAAUUUUCAUAACAAUCAAGAGUGCCUUGAGUUCUUGAUCAUUUCCUUUAUUCUCAUAACCUUAAUGUUUGACUCAAGGGUGGUACUUUUGGGAGAAAUUAGAUGCUUUUCACUGUUAGAAGUUAAAGGGUUAAAGCACUUGUUACAGGCCAAGGCAAAGUAGAAAUGGUGUUAGUUUGGAGUAUAGAAGAAGACAUCACUGAGAUUUCUUGUUCAACUGAAAAGUUAGUGAUAGAUUCUUACCUUUUUGCAAAUGUUAAGGAAACAGAAAAGAAGAACCUUGCAUAAUUUUUAAUGAAUAUGGGAAUUUGAAAGUUGUGUCUGAUGACAGGUUUUUAUUUCCAUAAAGUUGUAUUUACACUUUUAGAUACCCAGGACAUCGUGCACAGGCAACUCUUGCUGAAGUUCAGAAUCUCUGAACUGUAGGCUCUUUUUCAAGUUUCAUUUGGAGUGAUAUAUUUACUUUAUCCUUCCUUUAGUGUUCAAAACCUUUGUUCUUUUAUUUUUGGCCUCUGGUGGUGUAUAGCUGUGUACACGUAACUUCACUUUCCUUUAGCACUGCUGGAACAAAAAGAAAUGUUUGCUUGUUUUGAUUUGAUAGGGGUAAACUACGAGAUACAAUCCUUGACUGGGAAGAUUCUUUGCCUUAUAAAGAUCUUGUUAUGGCUGAACAUCACUCAAGGUAAAAACCAUACUCAGCCCAGUAUAAAUGAUUUCAAAUUUACCAAAAAGUUGCCAUAAAAAUACUGCAAUAGUGUUUGUUUUGUCAGUGGGUUUUUGGUUCACUGUUAUCAAACAUCUUUAUUGACGACUUUACUGCCAGACAAUAAGAACUGCGUUCUAAUCCUAAAAGGAAGUUACAUUGUUAUGAAAUGCUCAGAUAAUAACUUAUAUGAAACGAUUUGAUAUUUACCCAGUGAGUCGGCUAGGUCCACAGCUGACAAAUGACUUACAUUAGUAUUAUGACAUCACUAUAACAUAUCUCAAUAGCAGAUAAAUUAACUUAAUGAUUGAUUAUAGAAUUUCUCAAUGAAACAGUGUUCAUGUUAAUUUUUUCCUGUAUAGAGGUCCGUUGAGUCACAUGAUGUUUCUGUUUUGUUGAAAUUUUAUCCACAGUAUUCAUUCAAACUCUAUAAGUUGUUCAACACUUGUGAUGUACAUCACACUCUGAUGAGAAGGUGCUAUUUUUGCUCAUCAUCAGCUAGUUUUAAAAAUUUUCCUAAAUUUAUUUUAAAAUGAUAAUCACUACUAUCAUAAUCAUUUUAUUUCUCCCCUCCCUGUCCACCCUAAGAAAAUUAGGGUGGACAAGUGAAUGAUGAGGACAUUGUGAUGCCAACUUCUGCCCCAUAAUAUGAUGUAAUAAAAUAUUCUGAGUAUUAAUUGCUUUACCAUAUAGAGACAAAACUAGGCAGUGGAGUUAAAAUAGUUUUGUGUUCAUUUCAGGCAAGCUGAUUUAGCAAUUUGCCUUGGAACUUCUCUUCAAAUCCAGCCAAGUGGUAACUUGCCUCUCUUCACAGUCAGAAAUGGUGGAAAGCUUGUUAUUGUAAAUCUUCAAAAAACAAGACAUGUAAGCUUUAUUGGUGUGAUAUGGGUUACUCAGCAGGAAAAUUUAUUUUACUGGUGUCUUGCAAAGUAUUUUUGAUUAGACUUUGUGAUGACCGAGUUCCAUGUAAUUCUAUCAGGAGCUCCCUCUCAGAAAAAAUGAGAGCAUUUGAUUUUGGGGACAUUUGUUCAUUUUGUUGAAUAACGGUUUGGAAAAACUUGUCGACCUUUUUGGACUGCAGAGUGAGUGACAUCUAUAUGACAUUUGAAAACCUUCUUUCAGUUAUGAAUGAGUUUCUCUGAUGCAACAAAUACUUAACUUGAUCAUGGAAAACACUUUGAAAAAUUUUUCCCUCUUAUUUGAGGUACAAUUUAUGAAACCUUGCCUAGGGAAAGAUCUCUUUUAUAAAGAAAAAUAACAAGUUGGGUUGGCUGGGUUUAACACAUACAUCUGUACAUGACAAACAGAGAGUACAACCAACUUGUGACCUUUUUUGCAGUAGUUUGUUAUUACUCUUUGUUCCACAAAACCCCCAAAACAGUAUUGGCAUGUAUAGCAGCACAUGGCAUGUGAAAAAAAAUGUAAGGUAGAUGUUAAUUUAUAGAGAAGGAAGAUUUUGAUUUUUAUAUACUCAAUAAAUGAGCACAGUGGUGAAUAAGAGAUGUUCUUUUCCAUCAGGAUAAAAAAGCUACCUUGGUCAUUAAUCAUUAUGUUGACGGUGUAAUGAAGGAACUUAUGGACAGACUGGGAAUCUCAAUCCCUUCUUUCACUGGGAAGCCAUGGUGGACUGACUCUGAUAGUGAAACAAAAUAUCCCGCUAAAAAAGAGGAAAUGGAGGAAUAUGAGGAAAAACAUGAACUGAGUCAUGAAACUUGUGAAGAGAUACCAGUAAAGAGGUUAAAACAAGACUUUGAAAAGGACCCUCAUGACAACAACGAUCCCUAAUUUGUUUUUACUUGUCAAAAUGAAUCAUAUACAUUUUCUUGCUAGAGCUAACCUCAUUUUGAAACCUUUUUCUUUAUCAAAGCAAAACAAUUUUGUGGUGGUUAAGUUUUGAGUUGUACCCUUUCAUGACUGAAAAUGGUAGAGAUUUAAUUUUCAGUUGUGAGUCAACUGGACUAUGACUAGGAACCCAUUUCUUGAGAGUCCUGGUAACUAAAGGGGCCUGAAUGGAAAUUCAAAUAGAGAGGCAGGUUUUCACAUUCCAACCACUCCAUUUUGUUGCUUUAGCUGAUAGACUCCUUGUAACUAUUGAAACCCCCAUCUUGAAUGAAAACAGAACAGAUUUGCAAGCCUGUUAAGUUACCUGGACCAUUGAGAAAUAGGCCUCAAGCUCAUGUUGACUGCUGUGUACUAUUGUUUUCCUAUAACAUUGGCCCUUUACCAGAAUAUUUAUUGCUUUCAUAACUUCUUGAGAGCCCACAGGAUAUACUGAGUACAUUAUGGAGGGUUUAAGGUAUUCAUUUCAAUUUGAUGCAUUCUUUAGUGAACCUUCAACCAAUCCUAAAAUUGGCCAUGAAAACUAUGUGGCAUGUAGAGUACACAAUGGAACAGGGAGCCAAGAGGUUUUAACCCAAAGAGAAGCCUUUUCACAAUUCAGUCUAUAUCAACUUGGUCUUCCCAUUUGGUAGAAAAAUAAAUGAAGCUACUAAGAGAGAAUAUAUUCUUAUUUUUUAACUUUAAACAGUUUAAAGACUGGUAGUCCUUGAAAUCUUUUUAUGUUUUUUAUAUUAUUUCUACUUUUAAUUUAUUUAACUUACAUAGUUAUUGAAAAGAGCUCACUCUUUAUAUCUAAAAUACAGGUAAGAAUAUUUAUGUUGUGUUGAAGAGCAGCACAAAAUAAAGAAAUUGAAUAGUGCCAACAAAGUGGUCCGAGUAUGUGAAGGUUCCUUGGAAUAAAGGAAAAUGUUGCAACAUUCUGAUAGUUUAAGUGCAUUUAUAAUGGUAAUAGGACUGAGUGGACUCCAAUUCAGUCUGUAAUCAUACAAGUGAUUGACAAAAUCAAG